AUGCGUUGGUGUCCCGGGCUGCGCCGCAAGGACACCGCCGCCGCGGCCCCGCCCCCUGCGCCCGCCGCGGCCCCGCCCCCCGAGCUCGCCGCGGCUCCGCCCCCCGCGCCGGCCGCGGCCCCGGCCCCCGCCGCGCCCCGCGGCCCCGGCCCCCGCCGCGCCCCGCGGCCCCGCCCUCCUGCGCGCGCCGCUCCCAACUCGCUGGAAGUGGGGUGCGGGGCCCUGGGGUCGGCCCCGCCUGCGCUCCCGGCCCAGCGCACGCGAGAAAGAGAGGCCCGGCAGUCUCCCCGGCGGAUGCGCGAGCCGCGGGGCCCCCCACUGCGACUGCGCGUCGCCAAAGGGAGGGCCGCUGUUUUCCACCCCCCAACCCCGGCUCCCCGACAGAGAUGGUACGGCUCUGGGCUCCGCCCCGUGAAGGCACCGCCCGGGGCGGCCCGCGGGUGGGGGACCCAGCCCCCGCUGGCUUGCCGGGGAAUUGCCGGCGGCUGCGUUCCCGUUUCUUCCCGGACGCGGCCGGGGUGGGGUGGGGUCCGGAUGGGGUUAGCCUCGGGGUCCCGGUCCCCCCCCGCCUCCAGCCCAGAGGAAAGACUCGUGUUUCUGGGAGCCGCAUCGGAGCGCAGCAGGGAGCCGAAGCGGUCUCGCAGGAAAGAGCCCUGGUCCUGGGACGGUGUAGGGCCGGUGCCUCUCCAACCACUGCCCGGAGUGAGCGUCUUUCCGAGUGAACCGACCUUGGGACCUCCGCCAGGCCUGAUAAUAGAGUUACCGUGCACCCGCCACGUGCCAGGGACUGCGCUGCAGAGUUUACAUACAUUUACCUUUGUUUCACCCCGAGGAUAG